AUCCUCACACAGUCACGCAUACAACAAAGUGGUCGAGCGUGUCGAAGCAAAUGGCAGCCAAUAGCCUUCUCCUCGCCGCUCUCCUCGUCGUCGUCGUCAGCCUCGCGCCGCGCAGUGCGGAGGCGGACAAGCAGCUUCCACUGGCCCUCGUCGCCGGCGUGGUGCCAUGCAGCGCUGGGAGCUCCAUCAACGUGGCUACGGUUCCGCCGUUCCCGAACGCCGUCGUCCACAUGGUGUGCAGCGGCAGGGUGGUGGCCGGUGCCAAGGCGGACGAGAGAGGAGCAUUCACCAUGAACAUGGGAACGAUCACCUCGUCGCUGCUCGCCCCUCUGCUCGGCAACCAGUGCAAGGUGGUGGUGGUCACCCCGCUAGCCGCGUGCAACGCGUCCCUGGCCAGCGUCACCGGGACGCUGGCCGCACCGGUGCAGCUCCUGGAUACUGAUAGCGGCGGCGGCCUGGGAGGACUUGGCGGCCUGAUUGGCCUCAUCGGCCAGAUCGUGGGCGGCCUUCUCGGUGGCAUCCUUAACAUCAUCCCCUUGCCCUUCUCCGUCGUCUAGAUGCAUGCUACAUCGAUCACCGGCCAGCGCCCUUGUCCAUCCAUGGCACGGCUGAAUUAUAACUACGUAAGGAGGAAUCAAUACGUACGUAUAUAGGACCAACCUACCGAUGGACCCAACUAUAUGUCCCCGCUUUAUUAUGUGUGUAUGUAAAUCUACUCCUGUGGUGUACGUACUACGUAUGUGUAUGUUUUACCGCUUCUAAGAGGCACAUAAGUAAACCAAUAGUAUUGCGUAAUACUCUGAGAGUGUGUCGUGUAAUAUAAGCGAUGUUCGUUUGUGCAAAAUAAAGCUACGUGUGUGAUUGUAAAUGUGAUUGGUUAAUU